AUCGUACUUGGUUCUGGGGCAAUUUUCGGCGGAUAAGAAACAUCGAUAUUUCGUAGUACUCAGAUUAAACACAACUUGAUCAAGAUGCCGAGUCACAAUCACAAUCAUCGCCAUAAGAGGCGGGAUGUGUGGGAUGAAAUAGCUGACGAUGUUAAGAGCUUCGCCAGUGAAGCUAACCCCUUCAAGACGGCUAAGAUCCAGGCAAAGGCACAAGCAGCAUCGACUGUAUACCAAACGGUGUACGAAACCAUGGCGAAGACCUUCGACGGACCCAUUGCUGGCUACUCGACGCUGGGACAAUCCGACGAUGCCCCAAAGACCCAGGUUAUCGCGACGCCUACUUCGGUCGCGCAAGUGCAGGUGCUAUCGACUGCCACGCAGGCUAAGGUCGCAGACACGACAGCUGCCUCCCUCGACACAGCUGAUAGCACACCGACAAAGACUGCUGCCAAGACAUCCGACAACAUCCUCCCCGCAUCAAUUGGACAGACCUCUUCUGUCGAUCUGGGUGAUCACUCCACCCUGGCAGUCGCAACUAGUACGCCAACAACACUCUCUCAAGCGACUAAGAAUCUAGGAUCGUCUUCUGCUACUUCUGCGAACAAUGCAGAGGCACAAGCCUCAGCCUCAGCUUCUGCUUCUUCUACUGCAGCAGCGGCAAGUUCUUCGAGCCCUGACACCGGUGCCGCCGCUAAGGCCGGUAUCGCCAUUGGUGUUUUAGGUGGUCUUCUUGUGGUUGCAUUGCUUGUUUUCUUUCUGGUUAACAAACGUAGAAAGCAACAAGCUCAGCAAGUCCAGGAUGAUGAAAAGAUUCACGGACCCAUUGGUGGUCGUCCCUCGUCUAUGCUUUCGACCCAGACCAGUGCUACGGCACCCCAGCUUAGCCUUCGACCGGUGACCCAGUUUAACCCAACCUUUGGUGAGCGCCGAUCAAGCAAAGGCGCUGCCCUUGCACUUGCAACCGCUGGACUCAACACGCGCCCCGUCGAUUCUCCUCGAUCUCCUUGGGAACGACCCAGCCCUACUAGCCAGGCCAAUCACCCUGAGAACCCAUUCGGUAACAAUGCAGAGCGCGCUUUUACUCCCACUGGCGAACGUCCUAACAAUCCAUUCGAGAACCCUGAGAAUGUUGUUGGUGUCGCACAAACGACGAACUCGCCUCCUAAGCUUUCGCCGAUUGUAACUGCAGCUGUGGCCGGUGCUGGAGCCGUUGGUGGUGCCGCCGCUUUGGGUCGUAAAGUUUCCACCCGCAAGGAUGCUCCUCCUCCGUUGGAUCUUACUAUUCCUGCUGGCCCACCUAGUCCCGCCGGCACUGAGUUUAGUAUCCACUCUGUCGGUGCGGGUCAAUCUCCUGGUCCUUCUCGAAGCGCAGCAGCUAUUGCCGCAGCAGGCGGACCUCCGUCGACUGCCGUUCAUCGUGUCCAAUUGGAUUUCAAGCCGAGUCUGGAUGAUGAGAUGGGACUUCGAGCUGGUCAGCUCGUUCGACUCCUUCACGAGUACGAUGAUGGCUGGUCGCUUUGCAUUCGUCUUGACCGCACUCAACAGGGUGUCGUUCCCCGAACUUGCUUGUCUACUCGACCUGUGAAGCCUCGUCCCGCUGGUGGACCUCCCAACGGUCGUAACGGUCCUCCUAUCAACCCCAGCGGUUAUCGUGGACCCCGAGGUCCCGGCCCGAACUACCCCCCCGGACAGCGACCCAUGACUCCUCAGAGUGCUCGUCCUCAAUCGCCUGCUAUGAUGCGACCCCAGUCGCCUGCCACGGGACGUCCGAUGAGCCCCUACGACAGCCGCCCUGCAUCCCCGGCUAACGGUCGAAUGAGCCCUGGCCCUCGAGCCCAGUCCCCCGGCCCGCGACAGCAGCGACGAUUGACCCCUCCCGGACCUAGCCCUAUGAACCCCAACGCCGGCGGUCCUUCCCAACAGCAGCACAGCGGCGCUCCCCAGGCCGCCCAGGGUCAAGUUGGCCGAAAGCCUGUUCCCGGUCAGGCUUACUAGUGUACACCAUUCUGAACACUAAAACAUUAGCUUUGAGUAAACAUUGCUGUCGUACAUGAGAUAGCAUGCGGAAACCCCCACUUUUUCUACCCUCUUGAUCCCCUGCAUUUGGCUUCAAUUCAGAUGCACCUCGAUACCACUGACCCUCAACCUUAACUAACGAACCUUGAUGAAUUUGGGAACGAUAUACACUUCUCGACACUCGCUUAUAACCUUUACACUUGAUACACCUUGCACUCUCGGGGGUCUCGGUUACAUUUUCGCAUUUUCUUUUUCAGUUCUGCAUUUUCGA